AUUUGAUCAGCUGUUGUGUCACGUAAAUUUAGUCUCUAGUGUUGACGUUGAUUAGAUGAUGAAUUGAUAGACUAGACCGGGUGCGUCGUUUAUUGUUACUCCACUAUGGAUAUAGAGGCGUUCAGUGAUGAGUCCUUUGACGCAACAGCAUGGAUUAAUUCCACCUUCAAGAACUCUGAACAACAAGACAACAAAGAGCUUUUCGUCUCAUCUCUUGUCUCUAAACUUCAACUUUAUGUCCAACAAGUCAACUCGGCUCUUGAAGAUACCAGCCAGCAAGUUCUGGCAGGCCUCCCCCGGGUAAUGAAAGAUGCCCAACAUCUACAAAGUGAAGUGAUCUCACUUCGUACAAAAAUGACCGAGGUACAGUCGGAAAUUUGCCAAGUACAAGAAGAAACUGGUGCUUGUAUGUCGAAUCUAGAGCGAUUGGAUUCACUCAAGACGAAAUUACAAUUGGCCAAACAAGGACUACAAGAAUCUGAUGGAUGGGGCAAGCUUGUGGCUGAGCUGGAAGACCUUUUUGAGAGAAACGAUUUGAUUAAAAUUUGUGAGAAAUUGGAUUCAUUGCAAAAGUCACUUGCAGCACAGGAAGGACUUCCGGGGCAGAGUGAUCGCGAAAGCCAAGUAGAAGGUUUCAAAAAUCGACUAGAAGCGCUAGCAAGUCCUGCAGUUGUGCAAUGUUUCACUGUUGGUGAUGCGGAACAAGCUAGAAAGUAUGUGAAAAUAUUCUCCAGCAUGAGACGUUUACCUCAGCUCACUCAGUAUUAUCGAACAGUUCAGAAAACAGCACUCCAGCAACAUUGGAGUGAGAUCCUGGAUUUAUCGGAGAAUUCAAAUCGGUUUUUACAUGAUUUUUAUGAAUACUUGGCAGAAAAUUACCAAAAGCAAGUAAAAUGGUGUGCUAAUGUUUUCGGGCAACAAUCAAGUAGCGAAGCGAUCCUGGCCUUAAUAGAAUUAUUUUCAUCGCUACAACCCAGUCGGGAGUCUACAAUUUUGGGUGCACUUAAACGAUCUAAUGAAAAAUUGGAAAUUCUGCAGGAAUUCUCGAGUGCUAACAUUUACUUUGCGAAUUUACUUCAGAAGAGUUUCGAUACAACUGGAAUCCAACCAGUAAAGGAGAAUAUUGGGAAACUUUCAAAAGUGAUAUUCGUUUACUUCAAUACAUUUAUCAGUCAGUAUCCUGCUAUCGAACAGAAUUGGCUUGCAACAAACUUAACGACCAUAAACUCGUCACAGACGUCUGCAAUGGAAACUGUUAGGACCUUGGGUAAUGCUAAUCGAAAGAUGAUUGAAUGGGCGGAAGAAGCACUGAAGAGAUGUGAGAGCAUAACCCAAAAUUGCGGAAUAGUUGCGCUGACGACGGUCCUAAACUCAAUCUUAAAACAAUUCAUCGAAAAAUACAAAAAGGCCCAACAACAACUAAGCGCAAGUCGUAGUGUUGAGCAAAAUUGGAGUCUUCUUCAAAACUGCAUGUCAUUGCUACAAAAUCUUGGUGACUUGCAAACACUGCUUAAGCAACUUGAGAAGAAAGUGAGCGAGAAGGUUUUGGAAACUAACACACGCUUGGAAGAGGUAGAUGAUUCCUAUUUAGGCUAUCUGUUGAUCGAGAAACGCGACAAAAACGAGCUAAAAAAAUGUGUAGCCAAAGUGAAGGAUAGCCAACAGAAGGAGUUGCUGGCGACAGAUACAAAUGAAUCGCCAUGUGGCAUAUUUGCUGGAGUUUUUGAGGCAAUUCGUCCAAUUUGUAUUGAAACACAUGAUACAACGUUGGCGGCUGUUUUUGCACCAAUUGAAAAUCAUCUACAAAAUAUUGAACCACCAGAAAUUGUAAAUGCAUCGGGUGGAGACUUGCCGGACUAUAGUUUUGCACCGCAGGAGUUUAUUACGCAGAUUGGUCAAUAUUUGCUUACAUUGCCCCAACAUUUGGAGCCAUUACUCCUUUCUCCGGCUCCUGCUUUGAAAGUUGCUUUGGAAUCGUGCGAUAAGAAAUAUACGAAAAACAUUCCCAGUGCUGAUGUGCUUUUAUCGUUGAUCGUGGAAGAGUGCUGUGCUAUGUAUCAGACCCAAAUAUUGCAGAUAAAAUCAUUGAACACGUCGGCUGCCAAACAAGUUGCUACCGAUAUCGAAUACGUUGGCAGCGUUUUAGAUGAACUGGGUCUAAACUUGAGCGGACAUCUCCAGCAGACUGCGGCUCUACUACGUGCUCCAGCGGACAACUAUCUGUCUCUAAGUUCAGGUUGCGAGCCACGCCUCGUUACAGCUAUCCGGCAGAUGCGAGAGAUCAUCUCUACAGAAUAGUUUAAGACGAUAUUUAACGCAAAUUGAAGAAAAACAUAAUAAAGCUUAAAAAGGUGAAUAUGAAA